AAUUCACAUUCAGGUCAAGAGGAUUUUGAUCCCAGAAAUAGAAAUUUCACUGAUGAAGAACUUAAACCUCAGCCGAUAAUUAAAAAUCUAAAAAGGAACUAUAAUGUUUUUGUUCCUGAUGAUUUAAAAGAUGAAAAAUACUGGGCGCGCCGUCACAAGAACAAUUAUGCUGCUAAACGUUCAAGAGAUGCAAGACGAGUGAAAGAAAAUCAAAUAGCAUUAAGAGCUGCAUUUCUGGAGAAAGAAAACAUGUGUCUUCGUGAUGAAAUGAAUAAAUUACGCAAAGAAAAUGCUAAGCUUAAGGCUAAAAAUUACCAAGUAUGAAGAUACAACUGUUGCCUGAAACUAGUGUGUCCAAAAUGAAUCUUUAACAUUUUGAAUGUACAUAUCAUAAAAAUACUAUUGAGUGUUUAAAUAUUUAAAUGCUUGUCUUCUUUAUUGUAAAGAUGUGAAAUAAAUAUUACUUUUAUGGAAUUGGGCAUGUAUCUCUUUUUAGUAGGUAAAAGUUUUUUCAGGUCUCUAUAUUUUGU